AGAGAAAUAGAGGUUCCUUUCUUCUCAUGGCUGCUGUCUUCAUAUUUCUACUUCUUCUCUUUUCCUUUUCUAUUACAACAGCUCAACAAAGGCACUCCAAUAUAAGCAAAACCUCUUCUCUUACCCCCACCACUGACUCUUUGUGGUUCUCACCUUCUGGUUUUUUUGCCUUUGGAUUCUAUCAUGCAGAAGGUGGAUUUGCUAUAGGUAUUAUUCUUGUAGGAAAUCCCCAAAACACUAUAGUAUGGACAGCCAAUCGUGAUGAACCCCCAGUCUCCAGCAACGUGUCCUUAGUAUUCACCGUUCAUGGGCUUGUCUUGCGGACCUCACAAGGCCGGGAAAUAUCGAUCAUUGAUCCCCACCAGAAUGCUUCCUCAGCUUCCAUGCUCGAUUCAGGGAAUUUUGUGCUCUAUAAUUCCAAACAAGAGAUCAUAUGGCAGAGUUUUGAUCACCCAACUGACACCCUUUUAUCAGGUCAGCGUCUCCAGGCGGGAGCAGAGCUCGUCUCCAGUGUCUCAGAAAAAAACUACUCAACUGGUAUGUUCCAGUUGAAGAUGCAGCAUGAUGGAAACCUUGUACAGUACCCAACAAAUGUUCCAGAAGUAGUUGAAUAUGCUUAUUGGGCAUCUGACACACAUGGAGAAGGAGAUAAUGCAACACUAAAUCUUGAUGCUGAUGGCUAUCUGUACUUACUCAAUGCCACCGGCUUCAAUAUAAAGAACCUAACAGAUGGAGGAGGUCCACAGGAAGAAACAAUCUAUCUUAUGAAAAUUGAUGUGGAUGGGAUUUUCAGAUUGUAUUCUCGGGGUUUGGAUCAGAGCAGCGAAUGGUCAGUGGAAUGGUCAUCCUCAAUUGAUAAAUGCGAUCCUAAAGGCUUGUGUGGCCUGAAUAGUUAUUGCAGUUUAAUGGAUCAAGAGCCUGUUUGCACUUGUCUCCCUGGCUUUGAUUUUGUUGAUAAAAGCCAGAAAAGUUGGGGCUGCGAAAGGAACUUUGUUGCAGAAGCCUGCAAGAACAACGAUGGAAGCAUCGAAUACAGUAUCGAAUCACUGCAGAGUGUCAUGUGGGAAGAUGAUUCAUAUUUGGUCAUUUCGUCAAGAACUGAAGAGAACUGCAUAGAAGCCUGCUUGGAAGACUGCAAUUGUGAAGCUGCAUUAUUCAAAAACAGCGAGUGCAGAAAGCAAAAGCUUCCUUCGAGAUUUGGAAGAAGAUCGCUGAGUGAUGAAACAACAGCUUUUGUCAAGGUAGGCACGUCCACCGCAACCCGACGUGCACCCAAAGAAAGCAAAAAAGAGUGGCGAAAGGACAUCCUAAUCAUAAGCUGUUCACUUCUUGCUCUAGCGUGCAUUGUCUUAGCGAUAUCUGGACUUCUUAUUUACAGAAAUCGUGGCUGCACAUUGAAAAAAGUAUCUAAGCAAGGGAAUUUGCGUUUGACAGAGGGUGCCACAUUGCAAUCAUUUACUUACCAAGAGCUUAAAAAAGUGACCAAUGGCUUUACGGAAGUGCUUGGUAAGGGAGGAUUUGGUACCGUUUAUAAGGGAGCCAUGUCAAACGGACAGAGGCUAGUAGCGGUAAAGAAACUCAACGUCUCCACAGGGGAAAAGGAGUUUCGUACUGAGAUGAAAGCACUUGCGGGAACACAUCACCGGAACCUGGUCCAAUUGCUGGGUUAUUGCCUUGAAGGUCCAAACAGAUUUCUGGUGUAUGAAUAUAUAAGCAAUGGUUCCCUUGCAAAUUUACUAUUCACACCAGCUAAAUGGCCUCGUUGGGAUGAAAGGAUGGGAAUUGCGCAGAAUGUAGCAAGAGGUAUCCUCUAUCUGCAUGAAGAAUGUGAGACUCAGAUUAUGCAUUGCGACAUAAAACCACAGAACAUACUUAUGGAUGAGUAUGGGGGUGCAAAAAUUAGUAGCUUUGGAUUGGCAAAAAGGCUGAAGCAUGGCCAGACCAGCACCCUUGCUGAGAUCCGAGGAACAAAGGGUUAUAUUGCACCGGAGUGGUUCCGAAACCAGCCGGUGACAGUUAAAGUAGACGUGUACAGCUUUGGAAUCAUGUUGUUGCAGAUCAUAUGUUGCCGAAAGAAUUUCGACUUGAGCCUUCCUGACGAAGAAAUUGGCCUUAAUGAAUGGGUUAGUCAUUGUUUUGAGGCAGGUGAGCUGGGUAAACUAGUGGAUGAUGAAGAGGUGGACAAACGAGAACUGGAGAGGAUGGUUAAAGUGGGACUUUGGUGCAUCCAGGAUGAGCCGCUGUUCCGUCCCUCAAUAAAGAAGGUUCUUCUGAUGUUGGAAGGCAGUAUUAUAGACAUCCCUGUACCUCCCAGUACUUCUACUACUUAUUUUAGUGCCGUCUAGGAUCAGAUAAUGUUCCUGCGUGGCUUUGACCCACUGUGCAAAAUAAAACAGAUGGAUAGAAACCCUCCUGUUGUCUUAAGUUAAUUGUUGAGUAAUUCCUCUUCACUUUCCGCCUAUUUAGAGUCUAAUGUAGAGUACUUUAAUUGAUGCAAAAUUUACAUCUUAUUCUUGUUUUAGUUGUAAUGACCUGCUUCU